AUGAAAUUUCAAUUGCAUAUUUUGCUUCUAUUUUUUGGAGUCAAAGUCACUUCGGGUGCAAAUAUUUGUGAAAGACGCGCGGCUUAUGAAUCGGGUCGAAAUUUUGGCAGAAUUUUAUUUUACCAUAUUCGAAUUUCCGAUGGAACUAUGGUGAGUUAUGGAUGUUUGAGAAAGGCUAAUUCAAUUUUUCAGGAUCCACGAAUCAAACAUCUACUGAGCCAAAUCGAAUGUUCGAUUCCGAAAAAUUCUGGAUUUGAGAUACAAAACGAAGAUGUUACCGUCUCAGAUUGUCAAAAUUUCGAAGUUCAUCUAAACAGCAUCAAAAACAAUGCAGAAUAUCCAAAAAACUAUGAUCGAAUCGAGAUUUUUGUCAAUUUUCCAAGCAUCGACAAAUUCUACAAAUGCGAUUAUAUUCAGAUUUUCAAAAAUGUUGAUUUGUUUGCCAAUUUGAAUUUGGUGAGAUUUGAUGAGGUUUUGACGCCUGGAUUUAAAUCGUUGAAUAUUCCUUUUGUUGCGUCGAUUGAUGCGAAACAGGAAAUUGCCAGUGAACAUGUUCAGAAGAUUUGUUGGAAAUUGUGAGUUCGUGACCAGCGUGAAAUUCUGCGUAGAAUGAGUAUAAGAUGAGAAAUGUCUCAUUCAAUCUCAAAUUUCCAGCAUUCGUGAAAUCCUUGGAAUCCCCGAUGAAUCCGACGCUGCCUUCAAAAUCACAAUUCCAAUGAUGGCGACAGCUCUAAUCGGAUUUGCCACCGGACUUUUUCUCAUGACCUUUAUGAUCCCAUUUGGAUGGUUACUGUGGAAACGCAGAAAAUCUAAACUUUUGGAACAAAAAAUUGUGGAAUCUGCUGAAACUCAGGCGGUGAAGCCUAAGGAAAAGCCUAAGAAGUGUGGCGGACCAAUCCCAAGAGAUUGCUCCACCCAGGAAGCUCCGCCCACAGGAGCAGCGCGGGAGCGCGUGGAUGAAGUGGCCAGAUUAUCGAGCGCCCCUUGUUGGCUAGCGGCAAGGACCACCGAGCGGAAUCAGGUUAGUUUGGGUUUAGUAGUAAGAGAUCAUAGGAUCACCAAGUAGUGAAGAGGUAGUAGCUACGGUGACCUACAUUGGUGCAUCGACCGGAUCAAAAACCGGGUCAAUCGAAAGCCAGUGGAACUCCGAAGGAACGAAGAUCCUGCUAAUCGGUAGGUUACCAGUGAAAUCGAGUCGGGAAGUGGCAGUGAGCGACGAGACACUGGGGCAACCUUGAAGGUAAGCAAGGCGUCUUUCUUGGGCUAAUUUUGUUCCCCUCUUUGCUUCAAAAAUUUUUCAAGCAAAAAUUUGUGUUUGUCAGUUUUCGUCUUUUGUUUUUGUCUUUUGGGUCCCAGGUUACAAAUCAGAAGUCCCAUCUGAUUUGCCAAAUCGUUCUGGUAUUUUACCAAAACGAACCAACCACCCGAAGGUGAAGAAUACUGGCAUUAGCCAAAGACAAAUCAAAACCCACCAUUCGGUGAAGAAAUCUGGCAAAGCCAAAAGAAAUCCAAUCUCUGGAAAAUAUUCGAAUAUCUCAAAUUAUUCCUUGUUGAAAAGUAUCCACUUAUCCAAACUUUCAACAAAUUUAUUCACUUAUUUUACUCAACCUAAAGUUAAUCAAUUCAUUUAUUCAAGAAAAUAAACAAAAUUCAAAAAAAAAUGGAUCAAAAAACAAUUUCUGAAAUUCUUUCUGUCUGCAGCAAUGAAACAGUCAGACUCAAAAUCAAAAUAAUCACAAAAUUAGAAAAAUUGAGCACUAAAUAUUCGAAACCGUUCAAAUGGGACAAAUCUCAACCUGAAAAUGAAGAAGUUAUGAAAUUGCAAUAUGAAAUAAUCAAAUCCGAAGUUUUAGAAAUGAAAUCAGAUUUCGAAGAAAUGAAAAAGAUCUAUUCAAAGUUAUCAGAAAUGUUAGAAAUUUUGGAUAGAGAUGAUCAAAAAGAAGCAACCAAUGUUGAGCUUCAAAACCAAAAAGAAGCACAACAACAAGCUAUCACAGUAUCCGAAAAAGAAACUCGUAUAUAUGAGAUUAAGACACAAUGAACUGUUGGAAGCUUUCACCAAAAAUUCUCUAGCAAAUGAAGAACUUGAAGCAAUUGAUAUAAAAAUCUCAAAAAUGGUCGAUAUGAGUAAACUCGAUGAUAUUUUCGCCCAAAUAAAAAUCCAAAAAGGAGAUCAUAAACCAAUAGUAAAAACUGAAAAUGAAAGAACUACUGAAAAUUCAGGUCAAAAUCCUAGUCAAAUUACCAUUAAAAACUCAACUAAUGAAAAUGAAGAAAAUAUGGAAAACCCAAAAAAUGAAGAAAAUAUUGAAAACCCAAAAAAAGAAGAAAAUAAUCAAGAAAAAACUGAAAAUUCAACAAAAAAUCAAGAAAAAAUCGAAAAAAUUGAAAAAACACAAAAAGAUGAAUCAAAUAAUGGAAAUGAAAAUCCUAAACAUUUUUAUAACACUGGAAAAUUUUUGCUUAAAAAGGAUAUAAUAGAAAUUCCGCCAUUUGACGGAAAACCUGAAAAUUUCUCAACUUUCAUUGAACUAUUCGAAAAUUUAGUCGAUAAAGAUAAAGAUAUGCCAAAUGUGCUGAAAUUUGCUGCUCUAAAAAGUCUGACAACAGAUACUGCAGCAGAACAAAUCGCAAGAUAUCCAGGAGAUGGAAGCCUCUAUGAGGAAGCCUUGCAAAAACUGAAAACAAUGUUCGGAAGUGUCAACAGACAAUAUACAGCCAUCUGGGAAAACAUCAAAAAAUUGAAACCGGCCAAAAAUGAUGUUGUUUCUUGUAGAAGAGUUCUCAACGAUUUAGCAAUUUCCAUUCAGAAAUUGAAGAGACUUGGUUUUGAAACAAAUGGAUUGCCGUAUCUGGCUGAAAUCAAAAGCAAACUUCCAAGAAAUCUGUUAUCCGAGGUCGUAAAAAAGGAAAGAAGAUUACCAAAUCAAAGAUUUGGAAAUGUUUGA